AUGAAGCCCGGCAGGGCGCCCAGGCAGGAGCUGCUGAUACUGGCAAUCCUCCAUAGCUCCAGCACAGGCACCUGCAGCACAGCCACCGCUAGCCAGCAGCCACCACCCAGCAUGGCCGAGAAACCCCAAAUACAGCUCUUUUUGUGGAGGGGAGCUCUCCCUCUCUGCCCACAGGCAAGCGAGGAUGAGGAGAGUGUGGGCCACUGCCCCUUCUGCCAGCGGCUAUUCACGGUGCUGCUGCUCAAAGGGGUGCCCUUCACCCUCACCACCGUGGAUGUGAAGCGGGCACUGGAUGUGCUGAAGGACUUCGCACCAGGUGCCCAGCUGACUAUUUUGCUGUACAACGGCAAGCCCAAGACCAACACCGUCAUCAUUGAAGACUUCCUGGAGGACAAGCUGGGCCCUCCCAUGUUUCCCAGCCUGGUCCCAUGGUACAGAGAGUCAAGCCUGGCUGGGAAUGACAUUUUCCACAAGUUCUCCACUUUUAUCAUGAACCCAGUGCCUGCCCAGGAUGAGGCCCUGCAGCGGAGCCUUCUGCGGGCCCUGCUGAAGCUGGAUGAGUACCUGAGUGCCCCAAUGGAGUACCAGCUGGCCCACAACCCCCACCUCCGGGCCUCCCGGCGCCGAUUCCUCGACGGGGACCAGCUCACAUUAGCUGACUGCAACCUGCUGCCCAAGCUCAACAUCGUUCAGGUUGUGUGCCAGCAUUACUGCCACUUUGGGAUCCCCAAGGACCUGCGGGGUGUGUGGCACUACCUCAACAGCACCAGUGAAACCAAGGCGUUCAAAUACACCUGCCCCAACAACGAGGAGGUCAUACAAGCCUAUCACUCUGUCAUCCGGUCACUGCAGUGAGCUGGGCACACACCCAGGUGAGCGUGGGGCCAGGGUUGGGCAGCAGCCAGCACCCACCCUGGGCCUGCCGGGACCACCACUGUCCUGCCUGCACACACCUGGGAGGGCAGAGCAUGAGCUGUGCCCUGGCAUGCAAAUUCCCCCAGCUGGCACCCCUGCCUGUGGCACCAGCAGCAAUCUGCAUCGCACUGCGCCCACAAAUGCAUUCUUGCCUCUUGUGCCACACACUCUCUGCCUGGCCAGGACCCCCCCCACCUGUCCUGUGGCCCCUCAAGCAUCAGAAUAGGUGAAAGGGGGCCACAGCCAUGGGCCCUAUCUGUACCAAAGCUCGGCAAUGCUGAGGGCAAGGGCCGGAGCUGGGGAUGAAAAGCUACCCAGAGCACAGGGCUGCAGGGCACAGAGGGCAGCACACUACCGCAGGCAUCCUUGCAGCCUCCUUUGGAGGCACACACCACCUGCCAGGUGAGCAACCCAAGGCAGGGCUGUGCCAGGGCAGCAGGCACCACAAACACCCCCGAGAAGUGGCAGUGGGCAAGGGGAACCAGCACAGCCACAGCACAGCCCUGGGGACAGAGCUGGGGGCAUGCUGCAGGUGGUGGGUGUGGCCCAGCCCCCAUCACCCUGGGUGUCCCCCCAGAAACUGCUGUUAGGAAGCUCUCAGGAGCAGAUGUGGGAGAGGAAUGGGGGUGAAGCAGGGCAACU